UUGAGCAUUCGCGCGCCAUAUUCCGGGCGAGCGUCACCUUCCCGCCACUUUGUUGUUGUUGGAAGCUGUUCGGAGUCAUUGCUCGCGAUCUCUAUGUUCAGAUUAAACAUUAUUAAAAAUUUGACAAUGGCUGCAAGGAAUCCAACUCUACGCACUUACUCAUCUAAAGUAAAAAGCCUCACAAUAGGCGACAAGCUGAUCUUGUACGGAGACGAAGCGUCACCGCCCGUGCGGUUCGUUCAGAUGACAGCCUCCAUCCUCGGGAUUAACCUCGACUUCCGUAACGUCGAUCUCUUUGGUGGUGAAAAUAAGACGGAGUUUUACAAAAAUAUCAACCCCCUGCAGAAAGUUCCGUGUCUAAUGACGCACGCCGAAGUGCUAGUGGACAGCCAUGCGAUCGCGCUGUACCUGUGCCGGCGCUGGGACACGGAGCACGUGCUCUACCCCCCCGGCGACCUCGCACAGGCUCACUGCGACGAGAUACUAUUCUACAACGCCACAACGCUCUUUCCCAUUGACAGCGACAUCUAUACAAAAUUCUUUGCUGGUAUUCCUGCUAGCAAAGAAAGAAUUGAUGAUUGGUUAAAAGCGCUGGACUUCUUAGAAAAUAGACUGAAAAAUUACGAGUGGCUUGCUGGCGACAAAAUGAUGCUUGCAGACAUUUGCGCUGUGGCCACAAUAUCGACGGUGCUUUGCUCAAUACCAUUAGCAGAUCAUCAUGUUAAACUGAGACGCUGGUUUAAUGAAAUUGAGCAGCAACCUUUUUAUAACAUUAACAAAAGAGGUCUGGAGCGUUUAAUGAAGUUUGUAACCGCAGUUAAAGUUGGCAGAUUUCAGCCGGGAGGGGAUAUUGACCAAAACUGAAAUAUUUAUGCCUGUACAACUUAAUAUGUGUUUAUGAUUUUUUGUGAUUAGUGCAAUAAAAUUUAGAAGU